GUUGAUAAGCUUAGAAGUGAAACUGGGAAUCAGUCGGCACAGCAAAAGAAACGUCUAAAAGACAGGGCAGCAGAUGCAAAACGAAUUCAAGAUCUUGAGCGACAGGUUAAAGAAAUGGAAGGGAUCCUGAAAAGAAGACACCCCAAUUCUUUGCCAGCUUUAAUAUAUGCUGCUGCUACAGCAGCUUCUGAAGGAGAUGGUGAUGCUUCAGCCAAAGCAAAUACUGUUGAGUUUCUGGAAAGAAGAGUUAAAAAGUUAGAAAUGGAACUUGAGGGUAAAGACGAUGAAGCUAAAAAAACUCUUCGUGCCAUGGAACAGCAGUUUCAGAAAAUUAAGCUUCAGUAUGAGAAAAGAAUUGAGGAACUUGAACAACUUCUGGCAUAUAAACUGUUGAAUGAGCCUCAAAAGCUUCAAGACAACACAGCCAUUGUUCAAGCAGCACUUGAAAAAGAGCUUUGCAGUGUCAAUGAAGCCCAUCAAAUCACUGUAAAAAAUCUUCAAGCUGAAAUUGAUUCCCUUAAAAACGAAUUAGUGCAGUUAAGACACCAGAAGAAUGCAACAGACAAUGCAGAACUGCAGUCACUUGAGUACCAGGUAGAACAGGCUCACACUAAAGCCAAGAUGGUAAGACUGAACCAAGAAGUGAUUGCCAAAACUAGAGAGAUACAGGACCUCACAAAAACUGUGGAAAGACUUCAGAAAGAGAGGAAGAUUAUGCUCUCUGGUAAGAAUUCAUCUGGCAAAACUGAUAAUAAAGAAAACUCUACAGGAAUUUUGAAAAGGGAUACUGUCAGUAGUAAUCAAAGGAACACUAAAAAUGAAGCAUUCUUUCCUGCCACUCUUGACGAUAAAAUAUAUCAGCCUGAUGCCUUUGCUGAUUGUCAUAUUUCAGAAGUCCUGCAAGAAAAUAAACAGUUGAAAGAUGAAUUAGAAAAGCUGAGCCUAGAACUAAGCCAACAAAGAGUAACAUCUCAAGCAGCACUUGCAAAUUCUGAAAGUCUUGUGAGAAG